UUCCAGCGUGUCGCUAAUCACCAUUCUCCUACCCGCCCACAGUUUUCUGCGUAUUUUAUUCGUAAGGCUCUCUUUCCUCCCUCUCUCUCUCCCUCUCUCUCUCUCGAUCCCUCGUUUAUCCUUUCUGGGUCUGGUCCAUUUUAUCGUCGAUAUAUUUUCUCUAUAUUCUUGUUUUCUUGGGGGCAUACUGGUAGUGAAUCAUAAAUCUUCUCGGUUCUUUUGCUUCCAUUCGCUCAUUCAUUCUGUGAUUCAUCAGAUCUCAACAACUUUUUCUUUUGGUUUACUUUCACAUGGUUUUUUGAAAUUCUUCCGCGAUUCGAUCAUCUGGAUUCAAUAAUGGAUGAGAAUGUUUCAAAAAGUGGUUUUUCCAUUGAAUUCUGAAUACUGGGUUAUGGUUUCUUUGUAGAUUUUUUUUUUACGUUUGGAAAGAGAUUAACCCGAAUUUGUCUCCAAUUAACUGGUGUUGUGAAUAAUAUUUCUAGAUUCCUUGAAAAAGUGACCAAAUUUGAGUUUUUGGGUCCUCUCAGAAUGGUCACAGUUAAUAUUGGAACGCUCCAUUAUGUUUUGGACCAUAUAUAUGGUGCAUUAAUGUACAGAACAAAGAUAAGCCCACCAUUCUUCUCGAGAGGAUGGGGCGGCACAAAGCUUGACUUGCUGGAGAGAAUGAUCAAACAGUUGUUCCCGGAGGUGGAAGGCGAGAAUUGGCCUCCCAUUUUGGUGAAACCCAUUUGGAAAACGGUUUGGGAGACCAAGACUGCUCGUUUGCGAGAAGGAGUAUUUAGGACCCCUUGUGAUGAGCAGUUACUAAGUGCAUUGCCUCCCGAGUGCCACAAUGCUAGGGUUGCUUUCCUUGCGCCGAAAUUCGUUCCGCCACAGAAAAUGGCUUGCGUGGUUCAUCUCGCAGGUACUGGAGACCAUACCUUUGAGCGGAGAUUGCGCCUUGGUGGACCGUUGCUGAAGGAAAACAUUGCAACCAUGGUGCUUGAGAGCCCUUUCUAUGGACAAAGACGUCCCACGCUGCAGUAUGGUGCAAAACUUUUGUGCGUUAGUGACCUGCUUUUAUUAGGAAGAGCGACCAUUGAAGAGGCCCGUAGUCUCUUAUAUUGGUUAGACUCUGAGGCAGGGUUUGGCAAGAUGGGUAUUUGUGGACUCAGUAUGGGAGGAGUGCAUGCUGCAAUGGUUGGAUCACUUCACCCUACACCUGUUGCAACCCUUCCUUUUCUCUCACCACACUCUGCUGUUGUGGCAUUCUGUGAAGGAAUAUUAAAGCAUGGCACUGCAUGGGAGGCUCUGAGAGAGGAUCUUGCUGCGCACAAGGCUGCAAUGACUCUCGAGGAGGUGAGAGAACGAAUGCGAAAUGUACUGUCUCUCACAGAUGUCACACGCUUCCCAAUUCCCAAAAAUCCCGAUGCUGUAAUAUUUGUUGCUGCCACAGAUGAUGGGUAUAUCCCAAAACACUCAGUGCUAGAGCUUCAAAAAGCUUGGACAGGUUCAGAAGUGAGAUGGGUCACUGGUGGGCAUGUCUCGUCCUUCCUUCUUCAUAAUGGUGAGUUCCGCAAGGCAAUCGUUGACGGGCUUAACAGAUUAGAAUGGAAGGAGUCCCCAUCAUGACAGUGGCAUUGCAUGGAAGAAGAGACUGCAUUUAUUCUCUUGGAAACGUUAUCAACUUGGUUAAAUACAAACAUAAACCAUGUCUCACGCGUGGUUUAUGCCGUGGCAUGUGAGAUGCUACGCCUUAUAGAACUUUCUGUUACCACAAGCGGCACUAUUGGGAUCAGAGGAAUCGAAUCUUCUAGAUUCGAUUUACCAUUCCACUCCAAGUGUGGCUCAUGUCCUGAACGCGCCGCCGUCGCCAAUGACGGCCCUUCACCGGCGACUUGACAGUGUUUUCGGUUGUUACUCUAUAUUCCCGCCUUCUCUAACCAAGGAUCAAAUGAAAGUGGGCGUGAAAGUCUCUUCCAACUAGUCCAGACGAACAAGAUGCAGUACACAACCCUUUCCGCAACUGAGUUGGAGUUUUAUAGUCUGUUUAUCAGACUAUUUUAAAACUGCUUGAAGCGGUCUCUCCUAAUGGAAAAUAGGUAG